CUACUUACAUAGGCCGGCGCACUGUUGUGUAUUGUCAUUAGUAGUCAAGGAUCGAAGGAGAGGGAGAGAAACAGAGUCAAGGUGCUGAAGUCAGUUCGAGGCGACCGACGGUACGACACAGCAGUAUAGGAAAGGACGAACGGACAGGGGACACACGGCAGCUAGAAGGAACAAGUGGCUAGAAAGCGUGUGUUAGAAAUUCAAAGCAUACAGCGGUUGGGGACAAGAGGCUAGGGACUAGCGCACCCUAAAACUUGGUUCUAAUACGUCUUCAAAACAGAACACGCGACGCUCCAGCAUUAGUGUGACGAGGAUUUGUUAUGUGCAACUGUUUUUGAAAGCGCUCUAUUAUAGCUGGUGUGAAGUAGAGGUUGGUAUAGUGCCACUACGCUUUUGAAAAAACCAAUACCUGGCUAGGGAUUACAAGACGAAGUGCCUUUCUUCUCCAUUGUGGCCAUCGAGAGGUUAGCACAUCUGGAUUUGCCUGUGCAAGGCUGAAUCGUUGCUGCAUAAAGCUUGCAACUAGUAGUUGGCAGCAAACGUUGCUCGGUAAAGAAGGACGCAUAGGAUAAUUGCAGUGCACUUGUGCUGGGUGGCUACUGAGAUGUUUCUCGUUUCGUGUUCGGUCAGUCAGUAGAGGCUCCUUGUUUGUCUCGUAGCAGGAACAACAAGGCGCCCGUCCCCAGCGCUUUCACUGGAACUGACCUUGGAAACUGCAUUCACCCGCAACAAGUGACAAAACUUAACCUUCAGCUCCACCUCCUUGCGCUUUCACGGUUAUCCAACGGCAGGACAGCAGAGUUCGUAUUUCGACGUUUGGCUGUUGCGUCCUUUAGUGCGCGACAACGAGCCAAAAAACGGCCUCUUUACCUGCACUGUCCCUACUAGCAGUUCUACCGAGGGACAUCUCGGACUCAUCUACGCUGAUUAUAUCAAGCCUGGACUACCGGUAGAUUAAAACAGCGAAAUCAGGCGAGGGCGACAAGAUACGCUUUGUUGCGAAAUUUCGUAGGGGAAGGUCACAGAAGAAAAAAACGAGAUCAUGGAGGCAUCGGAUCAGUACAGUGCGGCUGCCCCUACAGGUGUACCCGUAGCUACGAAUGCAGCCCCUCAGGCUGGUAGCGCUGUGGCUGAUGGUGAAAUUCAGCUAACAAUGUUCGACAAGAUGCGAAGGAUGGUGUCCACUGAUGAAGAGUGGGACGCCAUUCUGUUGCAGAAGAUGGAGCUCAAGAGGAAUCGGGAACAAGGACUUCCUGAUCCGCCUCAGCAGCCCUUCUCCAUUGGCGGAGCCGUUGGAAACGUGGGGGCGGCUAUUGGAAGCAAGGUGGGUGGGGUCCUGACUAAGGCUAAAGGCGCUAUCCCAGUGCAGCUUCCGUCGAUGCCUGCUAUGCCCAAUAUUCCGAUCCCCGGCCUCAACAAGUCACAACCUUCGGAAACCGUAGGCGACGCUGCAGCGGCUGCUGCGUCGCAAGACUACAGCCAGGUGGACUCAACUAUCACCCAGCAGUAAAGACAACGACGUUUGUGAAGACGAACGUGGACUGAGAUCAUUUCAUACCGCAUACAACACCGUCUUGUCGUGUACCCACAAAUGAACAUUUGCUCUUCUGUGCGUCAUAGGUGAACAAAAAUUGCCCCUUUUUUGGGAAAAAGGAUCCUUUUCCCUGUCUCGGUACGGCACAGAGGUUUACCAGCCAACCUAAUCGAACCACUAAUUCGGAAUCGACAUGCUUAUGAAAUGCGCUGCCAGCAGAAACAUGCUCUCCGUUUGGAAUCGGCUUGUUUCACAAUCGCUGUAACGUGCUUUUUAGACCACAAACGAUUCGUGUGCCCCAGGCCCACUUAGGUGGCUGUGCACCAUCGAUCGAAUUAGUUAAUACAUAAGCUCUGCUAAUUCCACUUAUCAAAGGAAACACGAUAGCUUAAUUUGUAAAUUCCGCGACGGCGGCAAAAUCAAGAUGUUCAGUGUACAAAUUCCCUAACAUAAAUAUCCUUUAGGGAAAGGCGGUACCCUCUAGCCAAAGCGUGCAUUUCAACAACUCAGCCGCAACAAUAUAUCAUUAAAAAUGACGAAACCUAUGAAUUAAGUUAUAGAUGAAGAAAUUAAACAAUCUAAAUGUGCGCCACUAUCUAAUACACUCUGGAUAGUAAUAUUUAGAAAAAUAUACGAAACAAUUGUAGCAGCAGCAGCACCAGCCGCCGGAACUUUACUUAGCAACGUCAGGAGCGGAAGAUCAACAGGUUAGCAGCCGUGAUCAAAAGAGGUCGACGCAUAUGACUCAUACUGGGAUAUAUAUACACACACAUAUACAUAUAUUAACUAUGAGAAGCAUUAUUGCUAUUAUAUUAGCACGCCCUUAAGCGAUCGAUUGUGGUACGAAAUGUUAAUGCUGCUAUACAACUGCUGCUGCUGCUGCUGCUACAACAUCGGCCAAUGAUCAUGGUAACGAAGUAAUAUAACACGCUAUUAUUUUAUGUGACAACACUUAAUAGUGAUGCAGAGUAUUGUUAGUCGAUUAUUUUGCUUUCGCAUCGCCUACAUCUUUCUGUGUAACGAUAAAAGCCUUGAGGAGAUAAAUGCAUGAAACAAUAUUCGCAAACGGAUUAGAUAAAAAAGAAAAAGCUCCCGCAUAUAAGCCACCCCGUUUCUUUAGAACGUUCAUUUGCAGUAUCAUGCCCAUAUGGCCCCAAUGUCACUCGAACAAAACAGAUGUCAAUUUGUCAUACGUCAUUAGAGGCGAGAGGCGUAGGAACGCAAGUUUAACACUUUACCAGCCCGUUUUUCAGUAAUAAUAUGCACGAUGUUAACUUUGUUCCGUGAGAUGCUAUUCGGUGAUGAUUCGAAACCUUUUCACCGAAUCAAUGCAUUAGAAUCAACGGUAGUAAAUCGGGCCGAACCCCAUUUUUAGUUUGAAUUACUUUUACCGUCGUUUGACCUGUUCGGAGUAGAAAAAUAAACCCUAAAAUUCCUUAGAACCGAGUUCCAUUGUUCGACCAGUUCGGAGCAAAAUAAACCCUAAAAUUCCUUAGAACCGUUGUACCUGAAGUCAAAUUUUCAGAAUGCAGUUAUUGCAGAAUAUGAUUUUUUUUUCCAACUCUUCACUGGUAAGCGCAAAUACGUGCAGCACAAAACACCCCAAAAGGUCGAAAUCAUCAUAAUAUUCCUCCUAAUUGCAAAAGGAUAAUUGCGCUAGUGAACAUACCCUGCUAAAAAAAAACACUUCUAUUUAGGUGCAAAGUAUGUCGUUCGCAUAUAUAUCGGAGUUAAUUUGAGAUUAUAAGCAAGUACUGGUUGUACAAGGUACUCGAACUACGUCGUUAUUCCAAGGAGCAUUUUGUGGACAUAUAUUAGGUGAAGACACGAGUUACUCCGUUUUUUUUUACCAAACAAAAAACGCGGCGUUCGCUCAAACUCUACCACGAAAUGAAUUCAUUAUGUGUUGGGCAUGAUGACGUUCUUUUAUCUGUUAACCAACUGAUUUCUUUCUUCUCGCCAAAAUGUAUUAGGCCUGAUGUUGAACAACUCGUCCAAUAAUGUUUUGAGACUUCGCUAUUAAAUAUGCCAUUGCUAAGCAUAUUUUGUGCUCUGGAUGAUACAUUUAGUGCAACGACAUAUUCAACCCAGACUCUUACAAGAUGACACAAUUUUUGCCAUGUGCGGCGUCGUCCCAUUGAAGGAAGAAACAAGCUGCCUUGUUUAUUGGAUCUUUUCGGUUCGAAAGCCUUGUUCACUCGAUGCAACUAGAUUAUAUUCUGUUCCUUUUAAGCAUUUGCCAGUGCAUAGGACCCUUCCAGUUCCACUAAAUGAAAAUUUCUUAAGGCGCACACCUGUCUUGGCCUAACUCUGGGUCUAGCCGUAUCUUUCGAAGCUAUCCGCUCCUUUCUUCGCUUUAUACUGAUGGAGGAAAUACAAUUCCCCGUCACUGGUGACAGCUCUGUGUAGACACUUGUCCAUGUGGCUAUUCGUCGGUUGGUCAGAGAUGACAAGAUUCAUUCAGACGAGAUGUAGGCAGUCAGAAACCGUGUUCCCUUGCGAUGUUUAGUCAGUUCGUGAGGCAACCAAGCAUCUAAUUUUGAUCAAAUUCCAUAGAUGUGUUCAAAACUAUUAAACUACAGUUCUUUUUCCAAUCCUGUUCACGAUUUCUUUGCCAACUGUCUUCAUUCAAAAAUGUUUUCAAUCAAUCCCUAAUGACCUCAGACGGCCGAUCAGGGCGGGGUGUAUCCUUGAAUUUCAAAAGGCCAUUCUUGAAUUUCACAAACCUGUCGUAAGCAGUCUUUUCAGCUAUAAAGUCCUUGCUGCAUAUGGCACAACAGCUAGAAUUUCCAUUUUUUGAGCGUGCUCUCAAUAUAAAAUUAUUCUUAUUAAAUUAUUAAGUAACAACGGUUUUUCAGAGAAGAGUGAGCACCCUCGAACUUGUAUAAAUGAACUACUAGAGGAGAGCUGAAAAAAGAGAACUUAAAAACAAAAGGUACUCAUGUUUCAACCUAACAGAUAAACACUCUAAAGGUAUACUCGUUCAAAUUUAUAUAUAUUCGAGUAACUACUCACUUGCAACCUUGACAUCUGUAAAGUCAGCUGAGACUACCUAUGCUAAGAAAGCGUUAACUACAUUGUACCUUUCGCAUGGGUAAAAUGGCACAUCAAGUUCCCUACAGUGCAAUUUCUAUGCCGUUGGCGUUGAUCCUAUCCCGUUCUGCUUUUCAGUAUUCUAAUUAUCAGAUUCGCUACCUGUGCCACCGGUGGCGGUAUUUGGCUCACAUAUCUAAUAUAUUCAGCAAGACCGGUUUCGCUAGAACCAAGUAAGUGCUUCGCUACUAGACCUAAUAAUAGAACAAAAACGUAAUUCUAGUUUUAAUUCAGACAGUUAGUGGUUUAGUUGUUUCAUGUCUGUAAUAAUAUAUCUCCUAAACUCCUCCUUUUACUUUAGCUUUAAUCAACGCGAUUCGUUGACGAGACAACAGGAACCAAUAACUGUACGCGUCAUAUGACCUUAGUCGAUGAGCGAUGAGUAACAUGUGACCUCUCACUCAAUUUUUGUCUCUCGAGCUGUAUGCUCCUAUUCUCUAAAAUCUCGUUAUUCUCUAUUGCAUUAUGGUCUAUUGCAGACACAAAAUGCUCACAGGGAGAGCCGCAAUAAGAAACUUUCUACGGUGUUACACAAUAGACGCGGCAACCAGGAGAAGGUGAAAUCAUUCCAUAUCAAACAGCAAAUAAAUACAUAUAAUUGACACACUCGUACAUAUACAUGAUCAUUACACUAGAGAACUUCAUAUCUGUUCUAUUCGAAAUGUUUUCAUCCUGAUAUCAUCGUCAGCAGCAGCAGCAGCAGCCACAUAAUUUGUUAGGAACAACGUUUUUCACACGCGAAGAGAAAUAUAUACCAAAGAAAUUGAUAUGUUCUUUACAGAUAAUGCUAUCGUCAUAAUUCACCACUUGCUAAUGUGAUUUUCUCCCAUUACUUAGUCACAAUCACUAGCUAUUCACUAAUGCUUCUCACUUUAUAUUAUCAUGCUAUCUCUAUAUAACAUGUAAUGUAUUGCGCCUCAGUCUUUAUUAUUGGUACCUGAAUUAUGUGAAUCGACGAAUACCAUCUCAGACGAUGCUUCUGACUUGUCUAUAGCUACUACUGUUUGCAGAAAAUUGGAAUCCAUUCCAAAAUAUGUUUAUCUAUUAAUUGCCUGAUUUACUAAACAGCAUCCAUCGAAGGGGCAAUCAAACUGAUCCGCAAAAGCAAAUCGAAUUUUCAUAAUUAGGUACUUGAAAGAAAAUAUCUGAAAACGAACGCGGUUAAACUUGGCAUUAUAUUGUACUUACAUUUUAAUUACUACUACAACAAUCGUUACGUCACUUCACAAACACAAUUCUGCCGUCUUUAUCUUCUAGACUUAUUUACGUAGACUUCACCUUUAUCCAUUGCCAUAUCAUUUGAAUUAUAGUCAAUAGAAUUAUAUCAAUCUAACUGUUAUCACUUUAACCACUGAUAUGUUGUUUAGUUAAUAUCACUGUUAUCGAGAACGGUACGUCGAUACUUGAUAGUAUUCGUGUGGGGCAAUAUUUGCCGUAAUUACAUUACACGUAACAACGACACACUCCUAAAAAUGAUUUCAUUAAGACAUAUCUGUAAAAUUCGUGUACUUGAGUCCUAAUGAAUAAAAUAUAUACCAUGAAAAACGUCCAUACACAUGUAACCAGAAUCCUUUUCAUCUGGGUCAAGACCGGUGGGUAUGGACCCAAAUGCCGUUCGGCGUCUUAGGCAACGCCAAAUAAACUGAGGAACAACAGAACCAUGCGUUCAAUACAAGAAAUUAACAGUAUAAAUAGAUUGGAUGUUUAAAAAUAACGAUCUUAGAAAUUGUGUGCAACACCCAUCAGUCAGUGGAAUCAAAGUACCACAGCUGUGAGCAUCGAUCGAAAAACUGGUUCCAAGUCAACAAAACUGAGAGUGUAUAAGCGAUCUUAGUAUUUUGAUUUGUUAUUAGUCCGAGAGUUAUGCCCGUUAACGCAUAUCAAAUCCCAUCAAAGAAAA